AUGGAGAAUUGUACCAGCAUCCAAGAUGUUAUGUUCGAGACGAUCGACAUCACGGCAGUACGUGUGGUCUUCAGUCUGCUCUACACUUUGGUGUGGGUCGCAGCCAUUGUCGGCAACAUUCUUGUGCUCUACGUCAUCUCAUUCAAACAGGUCUCUUUUUCGGUCCGCACUGUCUUCAUUGGAUGUUUGGCCGUAUCCGAUCUUUUGAUGUCGCUUACUUCGCUGCCGUGGACAGCGGUGACAAUCUUCACUAGGGAGUGGAUAUUCCCGAGACCAAUCUGCAAGCUGAUUGCCGUAUUCCAGGGCGGCAGCAUUUUUGUGUCCAGCUUCACGUUAACAGUGAUCGCUUUGGAUCGUUGUCUACUGAUACUGAAGCCGAAUAAGGAGAUCAUUGGCUAUAACCGUGCGGUGGCGAUGGUGAUUAGUAUCUGGGUUUUAGGCUACAUACUGGCGCUACCCGUCGGCAUUUUCUCACGAGCUGUCAACUACGACGACCUCUGUGGGGUUUUCUGCGAAGAAAUUUGGUUUUUUUUCAGGCCGGACACUAAGGAUGGUCAGUCCGCUGGUCGUCGCCUCUACGGGCUGUCAGUGCUGCUGUCGCAGUUUGGUGUGCCAGCACUGAUCUCAUCCGUGUGCUACUGGCUAAUAAGUCGAGUGAUGUCGUCGCAGUUGGAGCGACGACGCGGCCAUACACUUCUAAAGGAAUCCGAGGAAAAACUCGUGCAUCGAAAAGCUCGCGCAAACCGAAUGAUGAUUGCCAUGGUGCUCGGGUUCGUUUUCGCCUGGAUGCCAUUAAAUGCGAUCAACUUGUAUCGCGACUGGGGUUCAUUCGUCAACAGACCGUGGUUCUCCACUGUAUUCGCGCUAUGUCAUGUAUCAGCAAUGAUGUCAGCAGCUCUGAAUCCCGUGAUUUAUUCAUGGUUCAAUCCGCAAUUCCGUGGAACGAUCCAGUCUUUGUGUAGUAGGGAGCGCAAACGAACGAAAAGCAGUCAGAGUUUGGAGGUUCACGGCAGUUAUCUCAGGACUCCAUGGGGAACCCGGCUCGACCAGCAUUCAAUGGCAAUCACGAUGAAAUGA